GUCACAUUUUCACUCACGAUAAAGUUUUUUUUCAGAAAAGUAAUCUUAGAAUAACAUACAACAACGCAAUACGACUAGAAAAUACAGUUCAAGUACAGUGAACUUUCAUUGUUUUCAUGUUCUUUGUUCAUACAAAACCAUGGAUUCAAUCAUUAUGUUUUUUGUAUAAAUCGGUUUAAAGGACAUUUUAGCAUUUUAGCAAAAUACACGUUAUGUCAAGAGUACCUAGUAUUCACAAAAUACUUUUGGGUUUCUCAUUUAGAUGCAGCUUGACUGAACCACUAUAAUGGCAUCCUAUUUUGAUGAACACAAUUGCGAGCCCACCAAUCCAGAAGAACAGUAUCGUCAAAAUGCUUUACUUGAACUUGCCAGGUCCUUGAUGCAGGGAGUUGAUUUGUUUGACUCAGGUUUUGACUUGACUGAUUGGGACCAGAGACUCCCUCCUCCUGCCGCCAAAGCUGCUGUUCAAACUCUGCCCGCCGUUGUCAUCUCCCCAGAACAAGCAGAUAAAGGUGUAAAGUGCCCAGUUUGUUUGUUGGAGUUUGAGGAACAAGAGACAGUUCGAGAAAUGCCCUGUAAACAUCUCUUCCACUCAGGCUGCAUUCUUCCCUGGUUAAAAAAGACCAACUCCUGUCCACUUUGUCGUCAUGAAUUACCAACAGAUGACCCUGACUAUGAGGAGUUCAAAAAGGACAAGGAGAGAAGACGACAAAGGGAGCACAGACUAGAGGACCUUCAUGGAGCCAUGUACACUUGACCUUACUGUGGGAGUACAAGCAAUUCAAAGCUUUUUAAAAGACUUUUGAUACAAAUGUUUAGGAAAAGAUGUAAUUACUGUCCUGUCAACUCCUCUCUAGUAAAUGUUUAUUAUAAUACUGAAAGAUGAGUUUAAAUGUUUCUACUUUGUAUAAAAAUAUUGAUUUUAAUUGUUCAAAUGUAACAAAAUGUCUUCUGGACCAAAAAUUAAGUUAACCAACUCAUGUUGGGUAAUAAAAAUGUUAUAACUUAUAUAA